UCAGCAGGUUUUUUCAUCGUGUGGCCUGCGCGUUGCCGUGUGUCGCUCGUGCUCGUGUUCCUUUCCUUUCUCAAAAUUGAAAUAAGAAACGUUCUCUUGCCUGGAUGGAGUCGUGAUCUCGACUUCUAGCGAGUAACCUCCGCAUUUCGCCCGUUGGUCAAUAGGCAGAGUGCUUAACCUUUUAAAUGUGGAUUGAUUUUCAUAAGCACCCCUUUCGGCUAUCCCUUCCUACUCUUAUUGGCCGUUUGGUGGCAUGCGCAAGGCAUCACUUUACAAAGCCUACCGACAGCUGCUAGUAUUUUACGUAUAAUUUUUCGAGUGUGAACACUGCACUGCAUGUAAAUGCUAUUCGAGUUUCUGUGCGGCUUUGGUGAGCUGCCUGUCAAACAGUGCCAGCCACAUAGUUUGGAUGGGGGACAAGCACAAUGACCUGGACUACCCUAGAAGUGAGAGGUCAUCGAGGCGUCAGCAAGUGCUGGCCCAACAAAGCUUGGAGCGCUUACAACAGCAGCAGGCUCUUCAACUGCAACAGCAAAGGCAACGGCAAGCUAAGGAAUCUGCACAAGCAGCCAAAAGAGCUAAAAAGGCAGAUGAAGAUAGCACUGCAGAGUUGAGGAAUAUGCUAAUGAGCUUCCGAGUUUCUGAACUUCAGAUGCUCUUGGGGUUUGCUGGACGCAACAAGUCUGGACGCAAGACAGAAUUGCAGGCUAGAGCCUUGGAACUCCUCCGCCUUCGUUCUGAGCCCGUGUCUAUGAAAAUACGGGAACUCUUCAAAACCAUUCAAGAGUCUAUGGGAGAAGCUGAAGCCGCAACUGUCAAUAUGUAUCGGCAACAAGGUAUUCCUGAUCAAGGUCGCAUGUCGAGCCACAGUGCAAUGCAACAUGGAGGCUCUGCUCAUGGGCAUCCAGGGCACCCAGGCCACGCAGUACAUUCAUCCCACCCAUCACAAUUGUCACACCCUUCAGCUCACAUGAGUGGGAUGUAUUAUGCUCAACAAGCCAUGCAGCAACAGCAGCAUCAACAGGCACAGCAGCACCACAGGGCCUAUCCUACCUCAAUGUAUGGACAACCUUCUCGGCAACUCCAGCCCCAACCACCUGUCAAUGCUGUUCAUAAUAAGUUGCCUUCACACAAAAUGUCAGUACCUGUUGCCCCUAGUAUUACUCCUAACAUGGGUUCAUAUCCCAUUCAUCCUGAUGUAAGACUGAAGAAGUUGCCAUUUUAUGAAAUGAUGGGAGAAUUGUUGAAACCAUCAACACUAAUGCCCCAAGGCUCUGCCCGGAUGCAGGAGAGCAACUUUGUAUUUCACCUUACUCCUCACCAGGCAACUGAAAUAGCAAUGUCCAGGGACACAAUUAGCGCCAAAAAUGAGUACACAGUUCAGGUACAAAUGAGGUUUUGUCUCUUAGAAACAUCCUGUGACCAAGAUGAUUGUUUUCCUCCUGGUAUUGCAGUGAAAGUUAAUGGGAAACAAUGCAGUCUACCGAAUCCAAUUCCGACAAACCGGCCAAAUGUUGAACCCAAAAGGCCACCUAGACCGGUCAAUAUUUCCCCCUUAGUUAAAUUAAGCCCUACUGUAGCUAAUCAUAUCACUGUCCAAUGGGGAGCUGACUAUGCAAAGCAAUAUGUUAUAGCUGCACAUCUUGUCAAGAAAUUAACAUCAACAGAGCUACUCCAAAAGAUGAAAUCAAAAGGGGUGCGCCACCCUGAUUUCACCAGAGGAUUAAUCAAAGAGAAACUUAGUGAUGCUGAUGCUGAGAUUGCUACCACCUCACUUAGGGUCUCAUUAAUGUGCCCCUUGGGAAAAAUGCGGAUGUCCACUCCAUGUAGGGCUUCAACUUGUAUCCAUUUACAAUGCUUUGAUGCCUCGCUAUAUCUCCUAAUGAAUGAAAGGAAACCAACAUGGAUUUGUCCUGUUUGUGACAAAGAAUGCCUGUAUGAUAAUCUAGUUAUUGAUGGUUACUUCCAAGAUGUUAUUCAAAGUGGUAAACUUCCUAGUGACAGCCAUGAAAUUCAAUUGCAUCCUGAUGGAUCUUGGACUGGAUCUGUCACUGUGAAAAAGGAAAAGAAAGUAGCAGCUCCGGUUGAUAAAAAUGAAACUGUUGAAAUAAUUGAUGAUUUAGAGAUAAUACCAGCUGAUGAUGACACCAAACCCCCUGUAAAAGAGGCAUCACCCAAGAAAUCAGGCCCCAAAGCAGUGGUUGUUGAUUUGACUUUGAGUGACUCAGACGAUGACACCGCUGCCACCCCUGCCCACAGUGCUCAGGCUGCAUCAUCAUCAUCAUCAUCGUCGUCGUCUGUCAUAAAGAAUGCUUCACCUGCUCCACAGCAGCUACCCUCAACUCCAUCUCGCUUUUAUGCAGACGCUGUGAGUGGGGGCAACUCCGGCGUGUCGAGUUCUGGAAACCUCACCAUUACGCUGGAUGACAGCCCGUCCCCACCCUCACGGCCUACUCCCACGGUGACCCCUAACAUGUCGGCCCCAACCAAUCUCUCGUCCAUGGCGGCGUCCUCCGUCCCUAACAUGCCCACCCUGAGCCUCCCCUCCGGCCUCGCUGGGUCUGUGCCGCCUGCAUACCCCUCCUCCAUGCCGUACCUGCACCCCGCCACGUACCUAGACGUGGAGGACUCCGCCCAGGCCGCGUCCGCUUUCCCCUAUAGUUACUGAGAUUUCCAAUCCCAUAUCGUUCCUUCAGACGAUCCCCCGGACAGUCGCCGCGUUCCGAAGCUUAGAAUUAAGCUGACGCGAGUGAGGGGUCCGGGGGAGCGGAAUGACAAGCCAGAGACACAGUGAAAAGGGAACCAAUUAUUGACAGAAUGUGUAAAACUUGCCAUUUGGUAGUAAGUUUCUACGUGCCACAUGUUAGAUUUUAUGUGCUCUGCCAUACCAAAAGUUGAUUUUGAAUUUUUUUGGACCAACUUAUAAUUUUUAUGUUUUACCUUACAAAUUUUUUUUUUCAAUGGAUGCAGCUUUGGAAUGUCAUGCUCUGGAGGGAAGAUAUGGGAUGGUUCAGCUAACUACAAUGUAGAUUAUUUUUCUACUUGACUUUUUUCUGUGAGAUCUGAACAAUACUACGUAUCUUAAUGAAUAGUCAAAAGAUGUUCCCCCCAAAAACUCAAGGAGAACUUCAAAGUAGAAUUGUGAUAGGCAAAUGAUAAGACUGCUUCUACGGAGGAUAUGAUUUAGAUGUUGUCUUCUAAUUAUGAAUUCAGCUUUUUGCAUUGCUGAGUGUGACUUGCAGUUAAAAACAAUAAAUGUGUUCCUCCUUGAACAUUACCGCUACAAAUAUGACAUUAUGGAUGGAUACAUAAUGCUUCAUAUGGUUCUAAUAUUUAUAUUCUUGGGGAGCUUACUUUACGUAAGGCUUAAGAAUCCUGACUAGACCUCUUUAAGAUGGCAUCCCAGAAUAGUAUUCAAUUUUAAGCAUAUAAGUAUUGUUGAUAUAUUUUUGUUUUACUUAUAAUUUGUAGUUGUAUAUCAUGCAGUACAUUAAAGUAAGCUUAAGUUCUUAUGAAUCUACAGUGGCAUUGUGCCUAUGCCUCAUUGAGAUAGAGGUCAGAAUCUCUUAACGGGUUUUAUGCUGCUUCGGAAAAAUGUCUAUCUAAUACCUUUGUUUACUUAUCCAUGUUAAGAUUUAUAUUAUCCUGUUUUAUCAGUGAAUAUGCAUCCUAGCCUUGCCUUUAGUUAUGUUCUUAAUGAAGGUUCCAUCAUCUAUCUUUUAUUCUUAAUUGCAUUUACAUAUGUUCCUGAAAGUCUGCUUUCACUGUUGACUUCAAACUACCCAUUUCUUUCACUGAUAUUACAAAAUCCAGUCUUUGUAAACUGAUUCAUUCACAUUUAAUGAAACAGAGUAGAAACAAACUAUUUCCCUGAGACCAUCAAAUGCGUACAAUGACAAUUUGCCACUGUUCAGAAUCUUAGGGAUCAGAAAACCGUGUGACCACAGUGUGUGGUAACACUGCUAAAACAUUUUAUUAAAAUCAUUCACCAAAGAUAUUCAACUAAAAAAAAUUAUACAGGUCAUGUAUAUUGUUAAAGCGGUCCAUUAUGUUGGCUCAUAACAAAAUGUUUAUUUGAUCAUUUUUGUUUUCUUAUUACAAUUAAGACAUGUAAGUAUACUCUACUUUGUAACACCGUUUUUUAUGACCACCUCUUAUUUGACAUGUCUUUUGGUCAUUUGUAAUCUUAUUUUAAAAAUCAACUAUCUAGUAAAAGAACCUCAAUUCAUGUUACAAAUGUUGGUUACCAUUCCAAUUGUGUAAUUGGUUUUCUUAAUGUGAACAAUCUUUUUAUGCAAGUAUGUCAGAAGUUGUGUUUAUAUAAAAUAAAUAUUUUGAGGACAACCGUUGAAAAA